CCUUCGCAAAGCUAGCUAGUUUUUAGGUCGGGCAUAGGGUUUCGCUGUCAUGGCUCCGUCGCGGGGAGAGCGCGCCUCCGCCGCGCCGACGUCGCCGUGGAUCGCAUUACUGAUGCUUUGGCUGGCGGGAUUCAGGGACGCUUGCCGAUUCGACCGCGCAUUUCUCAUCUGCCGGAGGUCUGGCGUAGUUCGGAAGAAAACGGGGCAGUGCUUCCUCAAUGGCCUGCUCGUUCUUGGAAGUGUCUUGGUUCUCCAGAAAGCGAUUAUUCCGGCUUUGAGCUGGCUGCUCGAUUUUGAGGCGCAUGUCGACGAUGGAUCGGCCAGGCCAGUGCCGAAGCUCCAGUCUUUCCUGAUCGCGCUGUACUAUGUACUCUGGCUCUAUCCGAUCUACGUGAUAAGCUUUGUGAUCAACUGUAUUCACUCCAACGAAAUCGCUCAACACGUCUUUCACGAAGUAAAGAAGACUAUGAAUGAGCCGACGUCGAGGCCAUCAACAGGUACUUCUUCUACCGCCGCAGCCUUUGACAGUUUUCAUGCUCUAGGUCCAGUUUCACUCGUGGAAUCGGUGAGAACUUGUACUCGGUCAUCGUCAUCGGUGCCUUUUUUGCCGAAGCAUUCGUUGCAAGUUUCAUUCCGUAUGUCGGGCAACUCUUGUACUUCGUUCUCCUGUCCUGGCUUUAUGCUUACUAUUGCUUUGAGUACAAAUGGGGCCUAGCUCAGUGGAGUCUCGAGAGGCGGCUGGUCUUCUUUGAGACAAACUGGGCCUUCUUCUCUGGAUUUGGUAGUCCUUGCGUAUUAGCGACGUUUUUCUUUUCACCUCUGGUGAGCACCGGCGUCACCGCCAUCCUCUAUCCAUUG